CUUGUGGCUAGCUGAUCUCUGCUUCUCAGUCUAUCUUGAACUCUAGAUGAAUAAACAUUAUUGUAAAUAUGGAAAGUACUUGUUUUAAUAUACAUCAUGGCGCAGCCGAAGUUUAAUUUUAAGACUAAAUAAAAGUAAUACGAAAAAAAAUAGUGAUAGACUAUAAAAUUAUAAAUAAAAAAGUUUUUUUUUGGAAGAUAAUUAAAACAAAAUGUCCACACAAAAAAUUGAAAGUGAAAAUUUGUAUAUAAAACCCAAUUCAUUAUUAUUGGAUGGAAACAUUAAAGAAAAUUGGAGAAAAUUUAAAAACACGUGGGACAUUUAUACAGUGGCAUCAAAAACAAACAAGGAAAACGAAGAGGUACAAGUUGCGAGAUUUUUGUCAUGUGCAGGGGAACAGGCAAUAGAAAUGUUCAGUACUAUUCCGUUAUCUACAGAAAGUCGACAGAAGAUAGAACCGGUUAUCAAUGCAUUCCAAAAUUACUGUGUUCCCAGAAGUAAUAUCGUUUAUGAGCGUUAUCUGUUCUUCUCCCGCUAUCAGAAAGAAGGAGAACCGGUGGAGCAUUUUUUCUCUGAUAUAACGAAACAAGCAGAAAACUGUGAAUUUGGAUUACAAAAAGAAUCCAUGAUACGGGACCGUAUAGUUAUUGGCAUAACUGAUCAUGCUGUGCGUUUACAACUACUCAAGACAGAUCAGUUGGACCUUGCGAAGACAAAGGAGACAUGUCGAGUUGCUGAAGAAGCUGGUUUACAAGCUAAACGUAUGGAAGGUGAACGGGGUUGUGUUGCAGCUAUAAGAAGACAAUCGAAAUAA